AUGUUAUCUUCGGGCGCCCAGUUUAUGUUCAGUCUGUACAAAUAAUUGACCGAGUUCGAUCGCUACAAGUGAUAUUUUUUUAAUUGCAAAAUACAAGAUAAUUCGGUGCGCAGUAAAAGUUAAGGUAACAGAAAAGGACAACGAUGAAUAAGUUUACCAUUUUGCUGUUCGCCACGGUGUUGAUUGCGAUGGCUUGCGCCGGACCUUGCUCGCCAAGGAAAUCCAGUUGCUGCAACAAUAUUAGCAGCGAUGAGUGUAAUUCAUCGUCGUCCUCAUCAUCAUCUUCGUCUUCGUCAUCGUCAGAGGAAGAUGAUUGUGGCAGAUGUGGUCACGGAAAGAGCAAUGAUUCGUCCUCAUCUUCAUCAUCAUCAUCGUCCUCAUCAUCUUCGUCGUCUGAAGAAAAUGAUUGCGGCUACAAGAAGUCUCGACACGGCAGACGAUGCAAUUAGUGAUAUGAAUAUUAAAGUUGCAAAGAACUUUAGAAGUGAUAGAAGUGAAAAAAAAUUACUCUGUUACUCGUACUGUUUAUUAAUCUGUUAUUCACAAAUUCUUAAAGAAAGGUAUAUAAACGUUUAAUAUGCCAGUAGGUAGAUAUUUUUUGUAAACUGCUUCAUUAUUAAAUUUUGUUUUCAUUAUUUGUAAGUUGAAUGUAUAUUUGUUAAUAAUAUUUUUUUUGAUAUGC